AUGGAGGCUUCUUCUGUGGAGGUCCUAUUCGAUCCAUCAAAGUGCAGCAAGCUAAGCAUAGAUCAAAAGAGAGAACUUGUUUAUGAACUCUCAAAUUGGUCAGAUGGGGCUAUCGAAAUUCUGCACACUUGGAGCCGUCAAGAUAUACUGCAGAUCCUCUGUGCCGAGCUCGGCAAAGAACGCAAGUACACGGGCCUAAACAAGACGAAAAUAAUUGAACAACUUCUCAAAAUCAUCCACGAUAAGAAAUCACACAAUCAAGGACUAAAGAAAUCCGAAGAACCCUCAGAAAACGACGAGCGAACAUCCAAAAGGCUAAAGAAAUCCGAACCCUCUUCUGAUGCCAGCCUUGAUAACAAUAACAUCAUUGUGUAUUGCAAAAAUUCAGCCUGCAGGGCUAAAAUGGGCCGUGAGGACCCCUUUUGCAAGAGGUGUUCUUGCUGCAUUUGUUACAAGUAUGACGAUAACAAGGACCCGAGCCUCUGGUUGGUUUGCAACUCAGAUUCUCCUUUUUGUGGCGUGUCUUGUGGAUUAUCAUUCCAUCUCGAGUGUGCCUUACGGCACGAGAAUUCAAUGAUUGGCAAGGAUAAGCAGGAUAAGGAGUCAUCACUAGAUGGGAGCUUCUGUUGUGUGUCUUGUGGGAAAGUUAAUGAUUUGCUUGGCUCUUGGAGGAAGCAACUGGUUGUGGCCAAAGACACCAGGCGGGUCGACAUAUUGUGCUAUAGGCUUUCGUUAGCUCAAAAGAUUCUUGCUGGUACUAAAUGCUACCAGAAUCUGUGUGGAACCAUUGAUGAAGGAGUGAGAAAGCUCGAAAAUGAAGUGGGCCCUCUAACUGGCCUGCCGGUAAAGAUGGCUCGUGGUAUUGUGAACAGGCUCUCGUCGGGCCCUGAAAUUCAGAGACUAUGUGAUGCUGCUGUGAAGUCUCUCGACACGAUGCUCUCCGAAAGAACGUCUGAAACUCCUUCUGAUUGCUCUGCACUCGCAUCGAAACUUGUCAGAAUCGAAGUCGUAAAUAACUCAUCGGUCCGAAUAAUUCUGAGUUCGGAUGAUUCGAACACGAGAAGAAGUGCCGAUGGUUACAUGUUAUGGCUUCGAAAACUAGAUGACACAAAUUACCCCCCACAGCCCACUUGCAGAAUAUAUGCACCGAACGCGAAAUAUUUCCUUCCGAAUCUAAAUCCCAACACAGACUAUUUUCUCAAAGUUGUCAUACUCGAAAAGGAUCGAGAAUCCGGGUCCUUUGAGAUUCAGUUCAGAACAGGAGACCUUCCCGAAAAAACCGAGCCUCGAAACCUAAACUCCAAUUGUUCGGAAGCUAACUGCAGCAGCCUCUCGAAUCCUUCCUCGGUCGAAGAUGAGACGAACAAUAACGAUAAAACCAGUGAAGAGCUAAAUAUAAAUCUGUUCCUUGAUAAGCCAAAAAACGACGAUAAUUCGCCUGUGGCUGGCUUGGAAUGCGUCCCGUACGUAAAUAAUGGCUCGGAGAAAGUGAAAAAGGAAAAUUUCAAGAAAAAACGUUUCAAAACAAGUGAGAAGGAUUCAGACGAGCCUCAAGCUGGUAGCUCGUCUAAAAAAACAGAGGAAAAUCGAGAUGGGGAGUGCGGCAAGGAUUUCGAGUACUAUGUGAAAGCUAUUCGGCGUUUGGAGUGUGAGGGUUAUAUUGAGACUUCUUUCCGGCAGAGGUUUUUGACGUGGUACAGUUUGAGGGCGAGCUCACGGGAGGUGAGGGUCGUGAGAGUUUUUGUUGACACGUUUAUCGAGGAUCUCGAGUCGCUUGCGGGCCAGCUCGUGGAUGCGUUCUCGGAUGUUGUUUCGGGCAAGAAGUGCUCGACUGUGCCGGGGGGUUUUUGCCCGAAGCUGUGGCAUUGA